GGGUGGCCGUUUCGCGUGCAAACUUUGCCGCCAAAUUCACGUAGGGUUGCAUUUUUACUCUGUGGCGCGUUUCCCUGGAUUCUACUAUACACUAUUCAUUGGAUGUAUUAAUUAGUUAUUGAUAGAGGCUUUAUUUAAGAUUUUCUCUGUAAUAAUAAGAUAUUAUUUUCGUGUAUAUAUAGUGUUGCUGUGGAAAAUCAUUCAGAGUGCAUAAUUAUGUGAUUCAUUCAUCAGAAAUGAAUAGGUUAGAUAAGAUAAGGGAUGACAAACAAAAUAAAAGUAACUGCAAUCAAAAUAAAAUUUUAGAGUUGGACUUGGAUUACCUUGAACGUGGAGGGGGUGGAACUUUAGCGGUAGGGGGAAGCCCCAGCGUGGAGCCGAGCCCCGACAGCCUGGACCUUGUCAAAGUGGUUCUUCUUGGCGCACCAGCUGUGGGGAAGACUAGCAUCAUUCAGCAAUUCGUGUGGAGCGAUUUCACCGAAGAAUAUGUGCCUACUGACCGGAAACAUACUUUUUAUCCAUCUGUAAUAAUAAACGAACAUCUGUAUGAGGUGAAAAUAACAGACGUGCCAGUAAUCCCCUAUUUUCCCAUUAACUCGUACUACGAAUGGGCCCACUACCGAUUUUACGGACUCCGAAAUGCCACUGCCUACAUACUUGUCUUCGAUCUUUCCAAUGUCGAAACCUUUCAAUAUAUUAGAACGUUGAGAGAUCAAAUGGUUGAGAGCAGAGACAUGAGGAACGUUCCCGUUCUUGUGGUUGGCAAUAAGCAGGAUUUGUUGUGCAGCGCGGCACCUACAGCUGCCAGUGGCUUGCAGCAGCUGGCAAUGGCGGAAAGUGCGUGUGGUGAUUCUCGUGAAAAGCGAAGAAACAUAGUCAAUCUUGUGCGUAAACAUUGGAAGUGUGGCUAUGUUGAGUGUUCGGCAAAGUACAAUUGGCGAGUCAUCGCCGUGUUUAAGGAGUUAAUGGAGAUGAUUGAUGCGCUAGAGUGUACUGGUGGGGUCAGGAGUGCUGAACCUCCCCCUGAGUCAUCAACGGGGCAAGCGAAUGAGAAUCGAUGUGCGGUUGCUUAGCAUCUUUCGGUGCUGAAACGAUAUGUGUUCAGGACACUUUCAUUUUCAUCUAAUCAUGAGUAGGUAAUUACUAUACAAACGGGCCUGUAAUGUCUGAUACAACAAGGUUACCAAUUAACAUUGACUUGAACUCCUGAUUCAUUAACUAAACUUAAAAUAAUAUAUUAUUGAUUAUCUCAUAGUUCAAGUUUUCGUGUUUUUUAAGGUACUUUUUUACUUAUUCUAAAAAAAU